GACCUGUCAGCGGGCGGAUGACCAGAACUCCCAACGGCUGCUCCCAAUUCCCACUUAAACCGCUGAGCCUCCAGACUUCCCGCAUGCUCCCGUCCCCGCCCUACUGCUCUACUCGACAGACCGCGACUACUACUGAGCUGCCUCUUCCUCUGUCUUCUUCAAGGCGCAUGCCUGUCUCUGCUGCCAAUGGGUCUCAAAUAUAACGUAUAUCUUGACGACAGUCGCGUCUACGCCUGCAAGGCUUGCCGCACUCAUCUCUCAAACUACCAUGACAUAAUCUCAAGGCAAUUCCGAGGCCAGCACGGCAAAGCCUACUUGUUUGAGAAAGUGGUCAAUGUGACAGAGGGGAAGCCCGAGAAUCGCGCGAUGACCACCGGCGAGCACACCGUCCGCGACAUUCACUGCCGGCAAUGCCACACCUGCGUCGGCUGGAAAUACGAUUACGCAUACGAACCGUCGGAGAAGUACAAGGAGGGGAAGUACAUUCUCGAAGUGGAGCUACUGAGUGAUGCGAAGCAGAUGGCGGCUGGGAAGUAGCGGCCCCGCUCGCUUGUGUGGUGGAUCAGCAGCCUCGUCUGAGUCCUCUUUUUGCUCUUUGUGGAAUCUGGGGAUCCCUGAUAGUUUGUCGGAUCGGCUUUCACACCCAUAGUUGGGUUU